AUGGCGGAGCCUAAAGUGUGGGAGAUUCCCUUUCCUCCCGAUGUGUAUGCCACAGCGCUGGAGGAGUUUCUGCUGCUUGAAGCGCUGAGAGGACUGCUUGGUGAAGAGGCAUCAAAGCGCGUACCACCGGCCAUCGGCCUUGCUCCGGUGAAUGAUAUUGUGCAGUGUGCCUGUGCUCUGCUAGAUGAAGCUGCACGGACGGUUUUCCUGGCAUACUAUGAGCAGUUGGCCCUCCAUCGUCGCAGGGCCCUGGAUACUUUUAUGCCGGAACCUGCUCCUGUGUUGACAGAUGCCCUUAGUCGAGCGGAAGCCCUGGCUAGGUACUUUCUUAUGGAUGGGCAGGCACCUCUCUGGACGGCUGCCAGACAGGUGGUGGCUGAACUGGAGUGGUGCACGGACAGGCACUCCAUGGCACCCAAGCAGGGCGGCAGUGUUUUUCUCGGCGCGUAUUCCUGUGGCCCCUUCGCUGGUAGCUUGGACAGGCCUCAAUACUGGAGCACCAUUGCUGUCAACAUGGAUCU